UGCUAACAGUGCGGUCGGGAGCUAGCAUGACGCAGCCAGAGACGACACGGGUGUUUCUUAACAACGUGGACUCGUACGCAUCCAGACACAUCGCGCAGGUCCUGAGUGGAAGUGUGGCUGGAGCUACUGUUAAUACAAACUCUGAUGUGGAGGCAGAGCUGCUGUCAAACCAUAAGAGGACUUUCCAGGUGGUGGGAACUGUUUCACAUCCAUCUGCUGUGGAAAGGCCUCAUGUGGUCGAACAGUACACGCAUCUGGACCGAGAUGAGCUCCUGUCCAAACUGAUGGGCUGUGAUGUUGUUAUCUACAAUGUUACCCAGCAUGCUGAUCAGGUGGAAGAAGCUCUCUGGGCUGCCUCAGCGCUUCACAGUGAAGUCGAGCAUUUUUCUGGGCCAAAGAUGUUUAUCCUCAUCUCCACGAUCAUGACCUGGGCCUGCAGCAAGCCAGCUGAUCCUGAUGAUCUGGAGCUUCCUUUCACUGAUGCGAUUUUCUGGAGCAGGAGAGCACAUCCCAAUUUUGAACGGCACAUUGAUUUGGAGAAGAGAGUAGUGAAAAUGGGCAAAACUGAAAGAAAGCUCUUCUCCACGUACGUGGUGGCAGCAGGACUUCAGUAUGGGAUGGGAGAACAGAUCUUCCACUACUUUUUCAAGAAAUCAUGGCUGGGAGAAGAUGGACCCGUCUUUGGAGAUGGCGAGAACAUCGUUCCCACGAUUCACAUCCAUGACUUGGCAAGUGUGGUUUACAGCGUGAUCCAACAUCAACCAAGACCAUAUUAUCUACUAGCAGUGGACGAUUCGAACAAUACCAUGGAAGAAAUUGUCAAGAAAAUCGCCUCCGUCCUCGGACCAGGGAAGAUCCAGAAAAAGCCGUCAGAGGAAACUUUCCUCACCAAGGACCUCAGUGUAAUGGAAGCCGACUCUCUGCUGGUCAGUCUCCGCAUGGAGGCUGCUUACAUCAAGAAACUUUUCUCUUUUAACUGGGUGUGCCAGUUUGGCCUGGUGGAAAAUAUAGAGGUGGUGGUGCAGGAGUUCCGGCAGACCCGCGGGUUGCUGCCCGUCCGUCUGUGUGUACUGGGUCCUCCUGCAGUAGGUAAAACCACAGUGUCCAAGAAGAUCUGCGAAUAUUACCGACUCCAUCACAUCACAGUGAAAGGCACCAUCUCUGACACCAUCGCCCGGCUGGAACAUGCUGUCAGGAAUCCUGAUCCCAGUGAAGGGAAGUCCACACAAGAGGCCCAGGAGCAGCUGAGCAUGAUGAAGGAACGCCUGGAACAGAACCGAGGUCUGGAUGAGGAGCUGCUGUUGAACGUGAUGAGGGACAAGCUGAUGACUCACCCGUGUAAAAACCAGGGUUAUGUGUUGAAGGACUUUCCCCAAACACGUGAACAAGCCAGAGAGCUCUUUGACGGUAAAGAAGAGGAUGGAACAUCCCAGAAUUCUUCAACCAACAUUAUACCCGAGUUGGUGUUGUGCCUGGAGGCCACAGAGGCCUUCCUGUUGGAUCGAGUGCUCGACUUGCCCGAGAGCUGUGUGCAGGAACACAACUACGAGCCAGAGAACUUCUCGAGGCGGCUGGCUGCUUACAACGAGAAACAGUCGGAGGAUGAUAUGGUCCUCAACUACUUUUAUGAGCAUGACAUCAUUCCUCUGCAGUUUGAGAUCAGCAGCAACGAUGAAGCAGACUGCCUGCCUCUGAUGCAGAAGGUCAUUGACAUGGUGGGCCAGCCCAGAAACUACGGUCUGAGCAGCCAGGAGGUGAAGGAGGAGGAGAGGAGGAAGGCUGCCGAGAGGCUGAGGAGAGAAGCCCAGGAGAGAGCAGAGGUGGAGCAGAUGGAGGCCGACGAGGCCAGAGACAGGGCUGCACACUGGGCUGAGUGGACUAAGAAGUUGGAGGAGGUGAGGCAGCAGGAGGAGGAGGAGCUGGAGGCCACGUCGCGCCCUAUGAGGGACUACCUGAUGGAACAGGUUGUGCCCACGCUGAGCCAGGGUCUGACUGAAUGCUGCCGAGCUCAACCACAGGACCCCGUGGACUUCCUGGCAGAGUACUUGCUGAAGAACAACCCUUUUGAAGCCGAUUACGAGCAGCUUUCCUAGCCGAGGAGAAUUUCCUUUGAGUCUUUGAGACUCGUCAGAGCAUUUCAGUCGUCACAUGCCAAGUGUCCCCAACUCCACGCUGGGAUUUUGAUUAGGUCUGAUUUCUAAGUGGCCCAUUCUCGUGCCCCUGUUGCAUUCAUAUACGGCUUUGUUUGGGCUCUGAUGUGCUGGCCGUUACUUAAAAGCAACCCAAAAAGCAGAUGAAAGUGUGCACAAA